AUGGCAGACGAUACAGCAGCCGACGCAGUUCCGCAGUUCGGCUUCAAGAAACGCUCUAAAGGCAAGACAAGUUUUCGCAAGAAGCCCGCGACACCACCUCCAGCCUCCGAUUCCGGUUCAGACUUCACCUCCGACGACGACGAAGAAGGACACCGCAUUAAGAGGCGGCGCAAGAACGUUGCGGUCACAGCCUCCUCCACAAAUAACCCCAAGAGAGAUACAGCCGCAGACCAACCUUCCUCUAUAGCCCCAGCACCCUUGACCUCGAGCAACGAUGCGACAAAGUCCUCGACCUGGUACGAUGAAGACCUCAGCGCGAGCAACCUGCUAGGAUCAACCCGCACACGACCCCAGGAUACAGAUUCUGCCCCAGAUGGAACAUAUAAGGGAUCAUCGAACUACACAUCAUUUAUUCAGAAGAACCCCGAUUCGCAAUCUAAGAAGUUCGGUCCCGUUAAAGCGCCCCCAUCGAAUGUCCGAACGGUGACGACCAUGGAUUAUGCUCCUGAUGUUUGUAAAGAUUGGAAACAAACCGGAUACUGUGGAUUUGGAGAUUCUUGUGUCUUCCUCCAUUCAAGAGAAGUGUACGCCCAGGGCUGGGAGCUGGAUCGAGACUGGGAAAUCAAUACCAAAGGAAAGAAACUCAAGGGCCAAGUGCUAUCACAACGCGGGGGGGCCGAGAAGAGCACAGAAGAGGCAGAGGAAGAUGAAAUGCUACAAAAGAUCCCGUUCGCUUGCAUCAUCUGCGAAAAGCCUUAUCAACACCCCAUCCUUACGAAGUGUGGUCACUAUUUCUGCGAGUCUUGCGCACUGCAGAGGUAUCGCAAGAAUCCCUCCUGUGCGGCAUGCGGUACUGGCACAGGGGGUGUCUUUAACACGGCUAAGAAGCUGAACGCGUUGUUAGACAAGAAGCGGGAGCGCGCGCGCAAGUUGAAAGAAAAGGCUAUCGAGGAGGGUGAAGAGGUUAGCGAAGAAGAGGGAGAGAAAAAGUGA